AUGUCUGUAAUGUACUCCGACACUGAUGCCUAUGACGUCAUUAGUGUCUUGGGGAAAGGAACUUUUGGAGAAGUGGCAAAAUGUUGGAAAAGGAGCUCCAGUCAUUUUGUAGCCAUAAAGAUUAUCAGGAACUACACUUUCCGCAAGGGGGUCAUCAAGUGUGAGUUAAAAAUGCUGCGCAUGUUGGGAACUGUGGAUUCAGACAAGUUCCACAUUGUUCGUUUCUUUGAGUCCUUUAACGAUGAUACAAAGUUAUGCCUGGUGUUUGAACUCCUAGAGCAGAGUUUGUAUGAGUAUCAGAAGGACAACAAUUUUCUCCCUCUGCCAAGCAAGCACAUUCGGUCAAUCACCAAACAGGUUCUAAUUGCUCUGCAGAAACUGAAGGAGCUCUCUAUUGUCCACACAGACAUCAAACCUGAAAAUAUCAUGCUGGUUGAACAGGCUCAAUUUCCUUUCAAAGUCAAGGUGAUUGAUUUUGGUUCAGCCUGCGUUUUGUCUGAAAUUCAGCAAAUUAAAGGACCGUACAUUCAAUCUCGGUUUUACCGUUCCCCUGAGAUCUUGCUUGGCUUGCCCUUCUGUGAGAAGUUGGACAUGUGGUCUCUCGGCUGUGUUAUGGCAGAAUUACACCUCGGGUGGCCUAUCUACCCUGGGACAAAUGAGUAUGACCAGAUCAGGUACAUUGUUGAGACGCAAGGGCUCCCGAGCGACCACCUGUUGGAAAUAGCGAGCAAAACUCACCACUUCUUCAAAAAAGCUCGCCAAGUUAAUUCCACCUACCAGUGGACACUGAAAACGGUAGAUGAGUAUCAAGCAGAAACCAUGGUACAACCACUAGAGACCAGAACGAGAAACAUCCAUUCGCUCGACCAGCUUGCGACCUUCAACCUGAGCAAAACUAUGUUCCCAGAUAAGGAAUUUAAAGCUGAAUUGUUCGAUCAGCAGACAAUGGUGUCACUCAUAAAGAAAAUUCUCACCUAUGAUCCAGGACAGCGGCUUGCCCCUAGUGUAGCCUUAAAACACCCCUUUAUUACCAUGCAGAAGCUCAAAUCGAAAUACAAACGCACCAAGUAUUACGAGGUAUCAUCACAGGCCCUCUGUGCAGCGCUGCGCUACGAUGAAAGAGAAAACGAAAAGCAGGUCCUUUGCUGUCACCGAUUCAAACAGCGUUGCCACUUCAGCACAGAGUCAUAUCCACAGGUCCACAGGCACGAAGAGCUUCAAGUCACCAAUCAGCAAGCGUACACCGAUGACAUGGACAGCUCAACUGCCAAUGAUUUUGAGAAACAGGUACUUGCAUUUUACUGGUUGUUCAGUCAUGAGAACCAUACCCGGCAAACGUUUUGCAGCAGAGAGCCGCUGUCUCACUAG